AUGACUAUGAACCGUGCUGCGUGCUACCUCGGCCUCGACCUCGGCGCGACGAACGCCAAGGCGGCGCUCGUGGACGACGACGGGCGCGUCGUGCGCUACGCGUCGCUCGCGCUCGGCCCCGGCGCGGCGCGCCUGGCGCCGGAGCGCGUCGCGGCGGCGCUGGCGUCCUGCGCGGCGACCGCCGUCGCCGGCGACUGGCGCGCCGUCGCCGGCUGCGGCGUCGGAUCGCCCGGGCUCGUCGCCGGCGGGGCGGUCGCCGGCGCCGCGAACCUGUUCCGGGGCGAGGCGGCGCCCGUGCCGCUGCGCGCGCUCGUCGCGGCCGAGCUGCGCCGCGCCGCCGGGCGGCGCGUCGCGUGCGACCUCGUCAACGAGCGCGCCGAGGCGCGGGUCGCGGCGGCCUACGCGGACGCGCGCGCGGCCGGAGCGGAGGGCGCGCGCGGCGCGCGCGCGUCGUGCGCCGAGGUCUUCGCGCGCGCCGCGGCCGGCGACGCCGCCGCCGCCGCCGUCGUCGACGACGCCGCGGCGCACGUCGCGCUCGGCUGCCUCAACCUCGCGCGCGUCCUCGACUGCGACGUCGUCGUCCGCGCGCUCGGCUGGACCGUGCUCCCGUCGCUCGACGGCCGCGUGGCCCUCGCCGCGGCGGGGCCCCACGCGGGCUGCAUCGGCGCCGCCGCGGUUGCGCGCGGCGCGGCGGCCGCGGCGCGCCGCCGGCGCCGCCGCGCCGGCGCCGCUGCCCUCGCGGCCCUCGCCGCGGCGGCCGCGGCUGCGGUCGCGCUCCGGCGCCAAAAAUCCAUUAGGAUGCUAUUUCCCGGCGGACUACGGUGA